GUGCCGCUUCGCACCUAUUAGAGUUAGAUUUUUAAAACACUUGAAUCAGGAAAGAAGGAAACGCUGAAGGUAAAAUUUAGUACACUAAAAGCAUUCUAACACUUCUUUUUUCAUUAUUCAAAGAAGCCAGAUGAAUUCCUUACAUGUUCAAGAGGUGAACGAUGCGGAUAAUAUGGGCAAUGAGGCCAAUACUCAACUUUUAGAGCUACAAGAGGGUUUCAUGAAGGUUUUGACAAAUACAGGCCUAUUGGGAAAGCUUAAGGCGCAACUUCGUGCGGUGGCAUUGGCGCUGCUUCGUGGUGACCCGAACCUCAGCCUUGCUGCAGUGGGACCUACUAACUCCUUUGCACAGGCUUCAAUAGAAACCCAGAUAGCUCUUUUAAUAAUAAACGACUUUCUGGCUAUUAAUCAUCUCACUCAGACUGCAGGGGUUCUAGAAGUCGAGGCAGGAACUUCAUUUCGCUCCAACCGUGUCGAAGACCAAGUGAAAAGGAGUAUUGCCACCCUUUCUGGCGAAGGCACCAUGUUAGAACGACUCAUUCACCUUGCCAUUCAUAGAGAUCAUGUCUCUGAAUCUCAUUUGUCUGCUCUUCCAUCCGUCGCCUUGGCUAAUCCAGAACCGAAGCCAAUGUCUCCAUUGAUGCGUGAUGAAAUACCUGUAGACGUUGAAGAGAAUCCGAAGACGCUGCUUGAACCGAUCGAUUCAAAAAUUCACUACGAAUUAAUGCAGUAUGAAGAAUCUAUACCCUACAGCGAUGUAGAGGAAUGCUUGAAAGAAGACCUAUAUGCUAUAAUAGAAUCCCUAUAACGAUUAGGAAAAAAUACUCAUGCAAGGUGUUUAACCACUUUGUUGCUCUCAGGUAUCUCCCUGCGCUUUCCA